GUGCAGAUUGCGGGGGUGGUAAAAGUGGUCCCACAAGUUGUGAUAGUGCUAGUGUAGGCAGUGUCCUUGGGGUGUCUUGGGGUAGCAAGAGACGAACGAAACGUGACCCGGGUACAAUCGCGAGUGUCCAGCAACAGCAACUACUUAACCCACGUGCCGAAAAUAACGGCGAACAAGGCAAUAUGAUGGGAGUGGAAGCAACUGCCAGUGGGUAUCAUCAUGGGUAUCGCUUUGAGGAAUCUGCCGGCGAUUCGGACUUUAGCCCUGAGGAUGGCCGAUCUAUGAAAGGUCUCACGCUACUAGCGUCCUCGCCUCCGACCAAACUCACUGGCGCAACCGGUGGAAUCUACCGACCUCCGGCUGCCCGCAAGGCGCUGAAACUGGUCGAGAGUGCCAUCCAACUAGCACCGGCAGCAGCCAGCGAAAAUCCCAACGAAUAUCACCAUCAUUCGUUAGGGGGGAAAGAACAUUCUGCUUUCCUCACGAUCACCCCGCGUUCUUCCGCUGCUAGGAGUGGUAGUGAAGUGUCAACAACAACCUUAGAAACCAACAACGGUUCUACUAGUGAAGAAAUUUGUACUGACCCCAGUAAUAGCAACAGCGGCACCUCAACAACAACAUCAACAGUUAAUAGUACUAACACGCUGAUAAGUGAUGUAAAGUCAGACACCACAGUCAAUAGGACGCCGCCGAAUCUAUUACCGGACGAUAACAACAACGAAUGCAGCGGCGUAACUACAGGUGCUAUUUAUAGUAGUAGUUGCGGUGUCAUUACUACCAGUGCAAGUUGCAUUUCCAGCAACGAUCAGCAGCAGCAGCAGCCGGCAAUCGGUGCUGAUCAAGGAAAUCACACCGCCAUCGGUGGCAGCAAUAGGUAUGCAGAAUUGCACGAAGAUGAAAAAAAACCCAUUCAUAUCUAACAAGCUUGUCAAGUGGAUGCCGACCAUAUGAGCCUUAUGAGGCGCACAUACCGGCAAUGUUGCGUUAAGCUUAGCUAGUAGGUACAUAAGUAAAUGCCUCAUUACUUACUUGCGUUCGAGUACGACUGGUGCGGUGAGAAAUGGGGUUAUUGGUUUAGUCGAGCGAGUCGGCGAUAAAUGGGGCGGACGCUAGGUUUUCCCUUCUGUUUAUGGAAGGUAGCUACCCAUCAUAACCGCACCAUAUCAAACGACACGUGGGAAAUAA